GUGUAUUCGUGCACGCAUGAAUGCAAGCAAACACAUCGAUCGUAUUCAUUGAUACAAUAUUUUCUAAAUUAAGUUCAAGAACGCAGUGAUCUCCCACUGUUUUCCAGUUGUUCACGGCUGUUUUUCAAGACAGUUAGGUCUGCAGCCCAGUUAAAGUCUGCACGAGGGCGUAGGUGGGUUGGAAACCAUGCCAACGGUGGUCCUGAUGGAUGCCUCGCUCUCCAUGACACGCCCAGUGUCACUGGAGGGCAGCGAGGACUUUCAGAGAAAGAAUCUAGCAGUGCAUGGACUCACCAUGCUGUUUGAACACAUGGCCACUAACUACAAACUGGAGUUCACAGCAUUGGUGGCCUUCUCAUCUCUAUGGGAGCUGAUGGUGCCUUUUACCAGAGACUACAACACUCUUCAGGAGACCCUGAAUAACUUGGAGGACUUUGAUAAGACAUGCUUAGAAGCUGCCUUGCAGGGGGUCAGCAAUGUCAUGCAGCAGGAGUGGGGAAGUGGCUGUCCUUGUCAGGUGGUGCUGGUGACCGAUGGAUCGCUGGGUAUCGGCAGGGGUUCUCUGCGCCACUCCCUGCAGACGCUGAAGCAGCGUGCGGACGACAAGAAGUUCCCCCUGCCUUUCCCUUUCCCCUCCAAGCUCUUCAUCAUGUGCAUUGCCAACGCAGAGGAGCUCCAGGAAACCGAUGCCAUGGACAACCUGGAGCAGCUGAUCAGCCUCAACGAAGGAGAUGGACAGAUCUUCACCAUGGAGGGCCCACUCUGUCUAAAGAGUGUCCAGUCCAUGUUCGGGAAGUUGAUUGACCAGGCAUACUCUCCGUUCCAUGCAGUGUUGCAUUGUGGGAACCUGUCCUCUGACGUGCAGGUGUUCCCCCGGCCAGAGCCCAUGAUUUUGGAUGAGGAGGUGGACCCCAUCCCCAAGGCAGUGCAGACAGACUUGGAAAUCGUCGGCUUCAUAGAGAUCGGAGACAUCGCCAGCCCUCCAGUCAUCUCACGCCAUCUGGUUCUGCCCAUAGCUGUGAACAAAGAAGUUGAUGAAGUGGGCACAGGAAACACUGAUGACGUGGAUGAGGAAACCUCAGCCAAUCAAAUGGCUGGAAAGAGCCCAAACUUCUGUGUCCUCCUGCACGGCAGUCUGAAGGUGGAGGGGAUGGUGGCGCUCGUGCAGCUGGGGCCGGAGUGGUACGGCAUGCUGUACUCGCAGGCAGACAGCAAGAAGAAGUCCAACCUGAUGAUGUCUCUGUUUGAGCCGGGCCCGGACCCUCUGCCCUGGCUGGGGAAGAUGGCACAGCUGGGUCCCACCUCAGAUGCGGCCGAAAACCCAUACGGUGAGGACGACAGCAAGAGUCCCUUCCCCUUGCAGCCCAAAACCAAACGCAGCUACGCCCAGAACGUGACCGUCUGGAUCAAAGCCAGUGGCCUGCAGACAGAUGUGCAGAAGAUCCUCAGAAAUGCACGCAAGUUACCCGAGAAAACACAGACUUUCUACAAGGAGCUGAACCGGCUGCGGAAGGCGGCUCUGGCCUUUGGCUUCUGGGAGCUGCUGAAGGGCGUGGCCGAGCUCCUGGAGAGGGAGUGCACCAUGCUGCCCGACUCCGCCCACCCCGACGCGGCCUUCCAGCUGUCCCACGCGGCCCAGCAGCUGCGGCUGGCCAGCACCGGAGACUCCCAGCAGGCCGCCUUCGACCACAACAUCACGCCCAUGCUCACCGACUUCUCCAGCGGAGGGGACAGGAUGUAGGGGAGGAGGUGAUGGGGCUGGGGCUUCUCUCUCCGAGCAUGCCCAGAUUAAGACCCCUCCCCUCAGGCUUUGACUCCAUCAGUACCCACAUGUGCGCCGACUUUGACUCCGGAGGGUUGUGGAUGAGGAUGGUGGGAGAGAGGACAAUAAAGGAAAGGGGAAUUUCUUAACAGAACAUGCCCAGAUGAGCUCCACCAACCUCCUCCUAUGGGGAGAGCCAGAUUACGUACCACGGUCAUCUCUCUCCCUCACUUUGAGCAUGCCCAGUGCUCUCCUUCUCUCUCUGAGUAUGCCCAAUGCUCUUCCUCUCCUUCUCUCUCUGAGCAUGCCCGAUGCUCUUCCUCUCCUUAUCUCACUGAGCAUGCCCAGUGCUCUUCCUCUCCUCUCUCUGAGCAUGCCCAGUGUUCUUCCUCUCCUUAUCUCACUGAGCAUGCCCAGUGCUCUCCCUCUCCUUAUCUCACUGAGCAUGCCCAGUGCUCUUCCUCUCCUUCUCCCACUGAGCAUGCCCAGUGCUGCCCUUGCCUGAGAACAUGCCCUGUGGGGCAUCUUGACCUCUUGAUCCACCUCAGGAGCUGGAGAGACGGUGUUUGUCAUUCGCCAUCUCUCUGAGAAUGCAGACUGACCUCUGGGGGCCGCCUGGGGCUCAGCUCAUAUGUUGUCUGUCAACAACAUCAAACAGCAACAGUCUGAUCAUUGCCUCAAUUGGGGCAGAAGGAGAGAACUUUGAAGUGUGCUUGACAUUAACUUGAGAUAUCCUCUUUAAAACAAAUAUUUUUUAUGACACACACACACACUUCCCAGCUUGUCAUUCUGUGCCAAGGAUUUUUAAAGUCGUGCCAGAGAUUUGUAUAUAACAUUUUUUAGAAAAUAAAACAAAAAAGCUCUAAAUAAAAAGAUG